UUCGUGUAUUAGGAGCGUUUUCAUUUGGUGAAUGGCAAGUUUUCGGUACUUUUGAACGCAAUCUCACUCGCUGAGUGUGGGGAAGAUUGAUGUUGGAUUCCGGGAUAACUCGCGGGGAAUUGUAGAAUUCGGGCGACGAGUAUAUUCUCUCCCAGGGUUAUUUCUCAUCUAAAGUCAUUGAAGGUCUGCGUAUCAGCCAUGCCGACAUGCUAACAAUAGCAAGUUUAGCUUUGGCACCCGCUAAUCGCACACUCUCACACAUACACACGCACACAAGCCACUUUCCGAUAGUUACUUGGAAAGUGGAAAGCUUUUUUCGCCGGGACGCCACAGCGAACCGCUCUUGUUCUGUAUCAGUUUUUCUCCGACUUAUUGAGUUUUUUUCAUUGUGAAAAUUGUACUUGAGUUAGUAGAGAAGUGUGGGUGUUAGCAUAGUUAGCUAAUUGUGUUGAGCUUUAAGGAGACACGAGGUGGCUCGAGCGUAGAGGUGAGUCACUGGCCGACUGAAUGAGCCAAUCUCCCAGGGAGCUUCCCGGCGGACAAAACACCGCCGAUAAAUGCCAAACUGGCUUCCAUUAACACAUUUAAGUAAAGUUUGGCUCACACGAGUUCAAUUUUCAUCGAAUUCACCUUUGCGUAAGAUGGGGACAUCGUGAAGUGCCCGUAGUGGUCGCUAGUUUUAUUGGACGGUAGGGACAGAGGACAGGAGGGGGAAUUGUGAGGCCAGGCGGUCAUCUACAUUAACCGCGUCGUUCGCGUUGUUUUCUCUCACGUUUGACCAAUUUAAGCGGCGUUAAUAAUACGUGAAACAUAUAAACUAGUGUUGUUAGUCGUCAAAGUGCGCACUGAACAGUUUUUGUGCGUAAAUAACCCCCCCAAAUGGCGCUCACUCCUCUGUUGGGAACGACGUGCGAUACGCCACUGAUAGGCUAAUUAGCCUCGCUAGCCGCUGGAGGUUAGCCCAGUGCUAGGACACACAAGUUCAGCUAGCGUGUUAGCCAGCCCUCAUCUUCAUUGUGUACUUAUUAGCCCCCGAGCUAGUGACUAACCUGCUCGGGGCGGUUAUCAGAGGAUGCUUCGCUCUCGGCCGAGUAAAGUUAAUCGAACCAUCGCAUUUACUUUGGGACCCUUUAAAGAGGACCAUGGAGUAGCAAGAUAGGAGCUGCAAAGGGCUUUCCUGCACUAACACAUCCCUUCUGUGGGCCCCCCACCCAGCCAUGGCGGACCCAGGGAUGUUGAGUUUAUUUGGGGAUGAUGCAGGGCUGUUCUCAGAUGGAUUGGAUGGUUUAGGAGACUGUUUUCCUCAGCAGCCAACGCCGGGCCAAUCCAACACUCUACCCCGGCAAACUAAUCCCCCCCUCAACCACGAACACCAGGGAAACAGGGCAUACAACCAGGGGAUGGUCCUUGGUACUGGAGCAGCACAGCCUAAAUUGGGCCAAAUGUACGACCACAGCACCUACGCAGGCUAUGAACAGGCCGGUGCUCCCGCAGGAAGAAUGAUGUCACAGAAUGGUCCUAGCCAGGGGCCACCAAAUGUCAAUGCAACUAUGAAUGGCAUGGCUUCCCACUACCAUAAUACUGCUAACUCAAGCAACACCCAUCACGGUUACCCAGGUGAGACUGGGGGCGGAGCGGGUGGAGCUGGUGUUUGGGGGCAACCGCAUCAAAGUAGAUCCCCAUACCAGCAGGCAGCAUCGCAAGCGGGGAGUGGCCCCAACCAGAUAGGAGCCUUCCAAAUGUCUCAAAGCAACUAUGGCGGGAUGCAAGGCCAACAACCCACACCCAGCGCAGCACGCAUAACUCAACAUUACCCACAACAGAGCAUGGCUCACCAAUCGACUCAAGAACCGUCUCACUACAUGGGGCAUGUUGGAAUGGUGGGGGGUCAAAUGAGACACCCGCAGCCACAAAGCCAAGGUUACCCCAACGUGAGCCACCCACCUAGAUUCCCACAUUCUCCCUCACGACAGCCUCCGCAUCCUCAUCAACAUCAGCAAGGUAUGGGUGGUUUUGGGGCUGGACAAUACCCUGGUUAUCAAGCCCAGUAUGGUGCCAUGGGUUCUGGGAUUGGCCAAGGUGCAAAUGCUACUGUCAGUAGUAACGCGAGCCCCGCUAUGGGACCUGCGCAGCUUGGCCAGAGGUUUAACCAGGGAUCAGGCCCAGCCUCCGGGCAGCCGGGGCAGCGAUACCCCUCCGGGCCGUCCCACCAGACGCAUUCAGUCCCACUGCCACCACAGCCGACAGGGCAACAGGGCCAGCCUAUGCACCCCCUUAUCCACUCCCAGCCCCCAAAUCAACCCCAGUCCCACCUUCCACCCCCAGCUCAGGGAUCCUACCCUUCUCCCUCAUCAAUGUCCCCGAUGCGGGUUUUGGGAACACCAACCCCCCCUCCUCCACAGGUCAGGCCCCCUAGUGCAGGACUAGCAGUUCCCACAGAGGUUACAGGGUACACGGCCCUGCAGUCUCCACCAAAUUCUAUCGCACAUCCUCAGAGACCUCUCCAAACGUCAUUGUCUGCUCCACACCAACACCAGCAGACCCACAAUAUAACCCCCAAUGCAGGGCAGAUGUAUUCUGGCAUGGGACAACAGCGUUGUCCCCAAAUUGGCCCAAAUCGGCCUCCGCUCCAGCCACAACAAGGGCCUCUUGAAGCACCAGUUAGCCAAGGAGAUCCGCAUCUCCUCCAUUCCCAGCAACAAGCCUCUAGAAGCGGCCAGCCCAUGCAGCCUUCUCCUGUCGGUUUCCAGGGUCCAUCUGUCAGUCUGCCUAUGAACCACGGUUUAUUGCCACCCAACCAAAAUGUUCAGACGCAGCACACUCACCUGUCCCCCCACCCUUUACAGAGCACGCCCCCUCACCCCAACCAGGCCACCCACCAUUGGGCACCGCCACCUUCUGCCUCCCACUCACUUUCCUCACCCCCCACCACCCCACAGAAAGUGCCUAAUAUACAGCAUUCCCAGUUGGACCCAUCUGCUGAUGCUUCAGUAAUGGUUCCUGAUAGACUGGCUGUCAGCACUGGUGACACUAGAAAGCCUGUCAGCUCAGAGCAGCCCAGUGACCAGGAAACUAAGCCAAAAAAGAAGAAGAAAAAGAAAACAAAAGUGGACGAUGGAGAAGAACAAGGAAAAAAGUCCAUGACAAAAUUAAAGGAAGACAUCAAGUCAGAGUUUCCUUUAAUAGGGUGUGAGCAGGGUACUGGCACAGAAAUUGGAGAUGGAGGUUCCCAACCUGUUGAGAAGAAAAAGAGGAAAAAGAAACCAAAGGAUAAGGCAGAGGGCGCUGAGGCCAAAGAGCCUAAGACCCCCAAAAUGCCUAAAACACCCAAGACCCCCAAGACUCCCAAAGAACCCAAGGAGAAGAAAGUUAAGAACUCCACACCCAAGGCCAAGAUCUCCAAAAAGUCCAGCAGUAAGAAGGCGGAGUCCGAAGAUGGCGCCAUUGCUGCCAAGAAGGAUUCCAAGAGGAAGCGACAGUCAUCAAUCAGUGAAGAUGUGGAGGUGAAGUCUCCGCCUCCCUCGCCCACAGAAGAGGAGGAUGAGGAUGGUAUUCAGAAGCGGCGCUCCAGCCGACAAGUGAAGAGGAAGCGGUAUACAGAGGACCUGGAGUUCCGAAUCUCUGAUGACGAUGACACUGGAGAUGAUUCACCAGCACCAAAGUCCCCAUCGACACAGCUGCAGGAUGUAGCUGAUGCUGAUGGACCAGUUGUGGAGAAGAUCAUGGGUGUGCGUACCACGAAGAAACAGCUGGAGUCACGGGAGGAAGUGGAAGUGGAGGAGUUCUAUGUCAAGUUCAAGGGCUUUUCUUACCUCCAUUGCCGUUGGGCAGAGUUAGAAGAACUAGAGAAAGACAAGAGAAUACAGCAGAAGGUCAAAAGGUUCAAGGCCAAGCAAUUACUUAACACCUUUAUCACCGAGAUGGAUGACGAGCCUUUCAACCCCGACUAUGUGGAGGUCGAUCGAGUCCUGGACAUUUCAGAGAGCACAGAUGAAAACGAAGAGCGGGUGACCUUAUAUUUGGUGAAAUGGUGCAGUCUACCCUACGAAGACUCCACCUGGGAACUCAAGGCGGAUAUCGACCAGUCCAAGAUAGAGGAAUACGAACGUAUUGCUGCACGCACACCCAACACUAAUAAAGUGGAUCGGCCUUUGGCGGCUGAAUGGAAACAAUUAGAAGGGUCAAGAGAUUACAGGAACGGCAACGCACUCAGGGAAUACCAACUAGAAGGUCUCAACUGGCUUACCUUCAACUGGUACAACUCACGUAACUGUAUACUGGCUGAUGAGAUGGGUCUCGGAAAAACUAUCCAGUCCAUUACAUUCCUCUAUGAAAUUUACCUGAAGGGCAUUCAGGGGCCAUUCCUGGUUAUUGCCCCACUCUCCACAAUUCCUAACUGGGAGAGAGAGUUCAGGACUUGGACUGAGCUUAAUGCUGUGGUCUACCAUGGCAGCCAGGCUAGCCGAAGAACUAUCCAGGCCUAUGAGAUGUACUACAGAGAUACACAGGGUAAAAUAAUAAAGGGAGCGUAUCGGUUUGACGCCGUUAUAACCACCUUUGAGAUGAUUCUGGCCGACUGUCCAGAGCUUCGCGGCAUCCCGUGGCGCUGUGUGGUCAUAGAUGAAGCCCAUCGGCUGAAAAACCGAAACUGCAAACUACUUGAAGGACUCAAGUUGAUGGACAUGGAACACAAAGUUCUGUUGACAGGGACUCCGCUUCAGAACACAGUGGAGGAGCUCUUUAGCUUGCUUAACUUUCUGGAGCCAGAACGUUUCCCAUCUGAACUGACAUUCAUGACUGAAUUUGGAGACCUUAAGACUGAAGAACAGGUUCAGAAUCUACAAGGAAUUCUCAAGCCCAUGAUGUUGAGAAGACUAAAGGAGGAUGUCGAAAAGAAUCUGGCACCUAAGGAGGAGACUAUCAUUGAGGUGGAACUCACCAACAUCCAGAAGAAAUACUAUCGAGCAAUUCUAGAGAAGAACUUCUCGUUCUUGUCAAAAGGAGGUGCGGGAGGUGGAGGUGGUGGUGGCAGUGGUAGCGGAGGAGGAGGUGGCGGUGUCCCCAAUCUCCUCAACACCAUGAUGGAGCUGAGGAAAUGUUGUAACCAUCCUUAUCUCAUUAAUGGAGCAGAAGAGAAGAUCAUUGAGGAGUUUAGGGACUCCCACAGUGGAAUGGAUAUGCCAGAUAUGCCCCUCCAAGCGAUGGUCCAUGCUGCUGGCAAACUGGUGCUCAUUGACAAACUAUUGCCCAAACUGAAGGCCGGUGGUCACAGAGUCCUGGUUUUCAGUCAGAUGGUUCGCUGCCUGGACAUUUUGGAAGAUUAUCUCAUCCAAAAACGUUAUCCCUAUGAGCGUAUUGAUGGCAGAGUUCGUGGUAAUCUGCGGCAGGCAGCCAUAGACCGCUUCUCCAGACCAGAUUCUGACCGUUUUGUCUUCCUGCUGUGUACAAGAGCUGGGGGACUUGGCAUUAACCUGACUGCAGCAGAUACUUGCAUUAUCUUUGAUUCUGACUGGAACCCUCAAAAUGACUUGCAGGCCCAGGCAAGAUGUCAUCGUAUCGGCCAGUCCAAAGCUGUCAAAAUCUACCGGCUAAUCACCAGGAACAGUUACGAGCGAGAGAUGUUUGAUAAGGCCAGUCUUAAACUGGGUCUUGACAAGGCUGUCCUCCAGAGCAUGAGUGGGCGCGAGAAUGCCAACAGUGGGGUUCAGCAAUUGUCCAAGAAGGAGAUUGAAGACCUACUGAGAAAGGGAGCAUAUGGGGCACUCAUGGAUGAGGAGGAUGAAGGCUCCAAAUUCUGUGAGGAAGACAUUGACCAGAUCCUUCAGAGGCGGACCCAUACCAUCACCAUAGAGUCUGAGGGCAAAGGUUCUACUUUUGCCAAGGCCAGUUUUGUUGCUCCCGGUAAUAGAACAGACAUUUCUCUGGAGGAUCCUGACUUUUGGCAGAAAUGGGCCAAGAAGGCAGAACUGGACCUGGAUGCCAUCAAUGGACGGAACACGCUGGUGAUCGACACACCAAGAGUAAGAAAGCAGACGCGUCACUAUAGCAGUGUGAAAGAGGACGAGAUGAUGGAGUUUUCAGAGCUGGAGAGUGAAGAGGAUGAACCCAGCAGACCCUUGUCCAAACCACGACGACCCCAAGACAAAGUCCAGGGCUACCCUCGAUCGGAGUGCUUCAGAGUAGAGAAGAACCUGCUCGUCUAUGGCUGGGGCAGAUGGAGUGACAUCCUGGCUCAUGGCCGCUUCAAGCGCCCCCUGAAGGAAGCUGAUGUGGAGACGAUCUGCCGAGCGCUCCUAGCAUACUGUCUAUUGCAUUACCGUGGCGACGAAAACAUCAAAAGCUUUAUAUGGGAUCUGAUCACCCCAAGUGAAGAUGGAACAACCAAGACAUUGAGCAACCACUCUGGACUGUCAACACCAGUACCACGAGGCAGAAAGGGCAAAAAAGGGAAACCCACAGCACCAGCCCCUCAGACACCAAGAGCGGAUUGGCUUGCCAGCUGUAAUCCUGACCAUCUACUGCAAGAGGAUAGCUACAAGAGGCACUUGAAGCAUCACUGUAACAAGGUGUUGCUGAGGGUGAGAAUGCUCUAUUAUCUGAGACAAGAAGUCAUUGGAGAUCAGGCAGAACGCAUCCUGGAUGUCGCUGACUCAAGUGAGUUGGAUUUCUGGAUUCCUCAGCCGUUCCAUGCAGAGGUCCCCACAGACUGGUGGGACAGUGAAGCAGACAAAUCCCUGCUCAUAGGUGUCUUCAAACAUGGUUAUGAAAAGUAUAACUCCAUGAGAGCCGACCCCACCCUGUGUUUUUUGGAGAGGGUGGGUAUGCCCGACGCCAAGGCUAUUGCCGCUGAGCAGAGGGGCAACGAUAUGAUGGCAGAUGGCGUCGAAGGUGAGGAUGAGGAUCCAGAAUACAAGCCUCUUCGGAUGCCUUUUAAGGAUGAAAUGGAUGAUUUCACCAAUUCUCCUCUCGAUGACACCGGGGAUGGAGAAGCAGAGGGAAAAUCUGAUGAAAAUGGCCAAGGUGUGCCUUCCAUGGGCGGCGCUGCAGGUUCCAACGAGCGACUCUACUGGCCGGCCGCGUCAGCUCUGACAGCCCGUCUACGCCGCCUCAUCACUGCCUACCAGCGUUCCAAUCGCAGAGAGCAGCUUCGCCAGGAGGCCCUCAACAGGCCCGACGGGCGAAGACGACGACGCCGGGACUUCCUACCAACCAUUACAAUGGUUACAGAUGCAACAGGAGGAGGAGCAGCCUACAUCCAAGAUCCAACAACAGUGUUCAUCGCUGAAGGAACCCCGUACCUAACUAAAGGAAGUGCUUAUUUUGCUAAAGGGGGACAAUUCAUAACAGAUGAGUCACCAGUCAUGACCACAAGCACCUUGAUGACUGAUGGAGCCAUGUACUAUAAGGAAAGACGACAAAGAUGGACUCGUCGUGAGGAGGCUGACUUUUACCGUGUCGUGUCCACGUUUGGAGUAAUCUUUGACACCCAGCGUCAGAAAUUUGACUGGACCCAAUUUAGAGCCUUUGCCCGACUGGACAAAAAGACAGACGAAAGCCUGGAGAAAUAUUACUAUUCCUUCAUUGCAAUGUGCAAACGUGUCUGUCGCAUGCAGGUCAAAACCGACACAGAACUCCCCGACCCAACGCUGAUCAUCGACCCCAUCACAGAGGAACGUGCUUCUCGUACAUUGUAUCGUAUUGAAUUACUCCGCCGCAUCAGAGAGCAAGUUCUCCCUCAUCCGCUACUGUCGGAACGCCUCAAACUCUGUCAGCCUUCCCAAGACCUUCCAGAGUGGUGGGAGUGUGGCCGCCAUGACAGGGACCUCCUCCUCGGAGCCUCGAAACACGGUGUGAGUCGAACAGAUUAUCACAUCCAAAAUGAUCCUACCUUGUCGUUUCUGGAGGCACACCAGCGCGUUACUAGCCAGCGGGGGACUCUUCUCGGCAUGGGAGAACUCUGCAAAAGUGGGAUAGGAACAGCAGAGAGCAGCCCUUCAGCUCUCCUCACACCUGCAGAGCUGGCGAGUGUUUCAGCUUCUGCUGAAGUGACCAUUAGUAGUGCUAAAGUGGCAGCAGAGGAAACCCAGGUGAAAACUGAGGAAGAAGAUGCCAAGCCUGAAGUUAAAAUAGAGGCUGAGAAAGAGGAUGCCAGUGAUGACAUAGAGACUGGAACUCUUGAAAAAAUGGAAGAAAAUGAGGCAGCUGUUAAAGUUGAGAAUGCGGCCACAGCUUCACCAGUGUCAGAUGUUAAAGAAGACGCGCAACCCACUUCGGAAAAAGAGACGAGUGAGGAGAUGACAGAGAACACUCAAAAUGUUUCUCAGGAAACUGAACGAGACAAAGAAAUAAUUGAAGACGAGACAAGUGCGGCUCCCGUUGAGAGUGCCGGGGACCAGAUAAUAUCAAAGGUCUCCGAAGAUCUCGAAGCACAGACAUGUCACAAUGCUACAGAGGAGGAAGAUGGAGUGGAGAGGGAAGACAGCAAGUCUCCAAAGUCACCUGAUGCCGACAAAAGCCCGGAAGAGGAGGAGAGGAUGGAUGAAGAUGACAAGUCAGAGAAAUCAUCGCAGGCUGAAGCGAGUGCUGUGUCGGAGCAGAAGAACUUUGACGAGGAGAGCAUUGCAUCUUUGAGCACAUCUGUUCGAGAUGAAACCAGAGAUGGCUUUUGCCCCGAUGACCUGACGGAAACUUCGGCCUUGCAGGCCUUACAAGACCGAACGUAUUCCUUCACACUCUGGCCUAAGGAUCGAGUGAUGAUUAACAGGAUGGACAACAUCUGUGAGGCUGUCCUGAAGGGCAAGUGGCCUGUCAACCGACGGCACAUCUUUGACUUUCCUAGCAACCUCAUGCCAGGUCAGGGCUCCACAAUACCCGCCGCAGCAGCUGCAGCAGUAGCCACAGCAAGCGAGAGCCCGCUGCAGAGGCGGAAUUUGGGCGAGCUGACAAUGAGCGCCAUCCACACCCCUUAUGGCGGGAUGGAGGAUAAAACGCUUUCACCGCAUGUUCAUGAUGAUCCUCUGGGUCUAACGGCGCCUCGACAAAGGAGGAGGAGAAGGAGAAAGAUCGAGAUUGAGGCAGAAAGAGCAGCCAAGAGGCGCAACCUGAUGGAGAUGGUUGCUCAACUGAGAGAGAGCCACGCAACCCUGGAGUCCCAGAGUCAGGCUAUGGAUCUCACCAAGGCUAUGCACCAUCAACACAAGAGCUCUCCCUCAUUGGCUGGCUUCCCCAGCGCUCUGGUGACCAACCCCUCCCUAAAGGCCCAAAUGGAGCUGCUGCAGCAAGCCCCGCCUUCCGGACACCGAGCCAACGGUUCGCUGGAAGCUGACCUGCCGAUGAUGAGGAGGAGGCGGGGGCGCAGGAAAAAUGUGGAGGGCAUGGAGCUGCUCUUUAUGGGCAACAAAAGAGCUGUAGGGGAUGAUGCUGAUGGGACCAAGGUUUCAGGUGCAGAAGGCGGCCAAGAUGCUGCCCGUGCGCACAGACCCAUAGCAGUGUCAGAACAGAGCCCCAGUGGAAGAUCGCUUGCGUCUGGUAGUAUGGAAGAAGAGGAGGCAACCGUUUCCAACAAAGAGCUCGGCGAGUGGCUGAGGCAGCACCCUACGUACACCAUGGACAUGUCUGGAUUUACACCAAAGAAUGAAGAUUUACUGAUGUCUCAGUUCUCAAAGCCCAAGCAAAAGCGUCAUCGCUGUCGAAACCCCAACAAGAUCGACAUCAACACUCUGACAGGAGAUGAGAGAGUGCCUGUGGUCAACCGACGUAAUGGGCGCAAGAUGGGUGGGGCCAUGGCACCCCCAAUGAAAGAACUUCCUAGAUGGCUAUUGGAAAACCCUGAAUUUUCAAUUGCACCUGAUUGGACAGAUAUUGUCAAACAGUCGGGCUUUCUCCCAGAAGCCAUGUUUGACCGGCUGCUGACUGGUCCUGUCAUUCGGGAAGAGGGAGUCCGACGUCGGGGACGACGACCCAAAUCUGAAAUCGCCAAGGCGGCCGCCGCCGCCCAGGCAGCAGCGGCUGCGCAGGCUGCCCAAGCUUCGUUGGCCACCGCCGCUUCGUCGGCUGGAGGCAUCAACCCUCUACUGCUGAACAGCCUCUUCGGAGGAAUGGAUCUGUCCUCCCUCCAGAGCCUCCAGUCCCUCCAGUUGGCCGCCGGUCUUAUGGCCUUUCCCACCACCACUGACCCCAAGCAGGCCGCUGCCAGUGCCGCCGCCGCCUCCAUGCUACCCCUCAUGCUUCCCGGCAUGGGGGGCUUGCCCAACAUGGCCGCGGCUAUCCCAAAUAUGUUCAGCCUCGGGGGGCUCUUUGGUGCAAACUUGGCGACGGCCGCCGCUGCUUCCAACGCCGCUGUGGCCUCUGCAUCAGGGAACACCAAUGGCACGGUGGAAGGAGAUGGGGCAGAAGGUGAGGAGGUUAAACGGAAGGCAAAAGAAAAGGACGACGACGGGGCGGAUGGUGAUGAGGGUGGAGACAAAGAGGAUGAGGAGGAAGCUGUUGGUGCUGAAGGUGGACGUCUUGUCAGAAAAAUGAAAAUUGAUAAAGAGGAUGAGGAAGGUGGCGAGAAGAUGGAGAAAUCCCAAAGCAAUAGGAGUGCAACCCCUCAGAUGCCAGCCACAGAUUCCCCGGCUGAUUCCUCCAUCAACAGCGAAGCCGCCGCACUGCUCGCCGCCGCCGGCAUGUCGGCCAAUUCUCUGGCGUUCAACCCUUUCCUCCUCUCCACGAUGGCCCCUGGCCUCCUCUACCCCUCAAUGUUCCUACCUCCUGGCCUCGGGGGUCUCGGCCUUCCCGGCUUCCCCGCCGCCUCCACCCUGGCUGAGCUUCAGAGCGCCGCAGGAGCGCCAGAGGCCAACACCGCGGCCGCAAAGCCUUCAAGAGACGACGACAACAAGGCAGAGGGGCCAAAAAUGGCGGACGAGGAGAAUGAGGAUGAGGAGGCCAGAGGGGGAGAGAGUGACUUGGCUGAGGAGAGCGCAGCCGCAAAGGAGAACAGAAGUGAAGCCGAGGAAUCGCUUAUGGAGGAUGGAGGGAUGAUCGGAGAUGAGGAAGACGACGAUUAGAGUGACUGAUGGACUGAAAUCAACUCAAAACUCACAGUGGCAGUGGACAUUUCUUCCCCCUCCUUUCCGCCCCACCUCUUUUACAUGCUUCCACCAACACAACAAUCUUUUUGCCCUCCCUCCCUCCCUCCCGCUCAUAUUGCCUCUGUGCCAGAAAGGCAGAAGGUCUGUGUGUGUUAACUUAAAUCGGAUUGUUAGUGUAGUCACAGCUCACCUCAAAGACUUUUGGCCAGUCUGCAUCUCCACUUGUUCUUCACAGAGUUCCAGUAGUGCUAUUAUUUCUACUAUCAUCAUUCUUAUUACUAUGAUUAUGAUUAUUGCUGCUGCUUUCAGCUCCUCGAACCGUGUUUUAGUUCAACUUCUCGUGCUUGUACGGACUGCUCUACGUUAGUAGCGUCAGCUAAAGCUUCUCCAAAAUUGGAAAUGGAGUUGAUGUAGCGUAUUACUGUAGGUUUCUUAAGGAGGCACACCAACAUGACUACCACACACAUACACACACACAACCUACCAGCCUACCACUACACACCCUAAAUAGCCUCCCACCCCCUCCCUUCAGCUGUGUGUGUGUGUCUACACACAAGCUGACCUCGCUUGUACUGGUAAGCCCCUGUCCCACACUGUUUGUAUGCCAGUUUUGAGUCUUUCCACUGCCAGUCUCCAAAUCCUGUCUUGUCACUUGGAAGGGAUCUAGUUUUGUAGCACGGCAAAGGCAGACGGGCUGGGUCUGCCGUCCGCUGAGCUCCGAUUGGUCAGUUUGGCGCGGGGGUUGCACUAGCCACCUCCCCGAGGGGGGUCAUAUAAAAGGAUUUGGAGCCGCACGGGGAUGUUUCAGGUGGAUUCAUUAUGGUAGAGGCCUGUCACACCCUGCUGGUUCGAAACCACCCGCUGCUCCCCUCUCUUAAAUAAGACUGUUGUUCUAGUCACACACACUGACACCAGACCUGGCCAGAACAGGACUGAAUCGUGGUCUUCUAACUAUAUGAAGGUCAACAAUGAAUUUUGAGUUGGCAUUUUUUCUUGUCUUUUUUUUAUUGUUAUUAUUUUGAAUACUUGAAAAGCAACAGUAGUGCCUGAUUUGUUUCGAUUUCCAAAUAAUGGCUUAAGCGACACGAGAUAAAUCAAGCGCCACACGCGCUUCAAAUAUUUGAAAGUGCAGAUCCGAUCAUAACAUUCACUAUCAUGGCCAGACCAGCACACACACACACACACGUACACACACACGCAUACACGCACGCACAUUCAACUUGUCACAUCUCUGUGAUGCUGAGACAGCAAUAACUAUGGCAGCUUUUGAAUGUUCCAUCAUAACUCGCCCAACACACAGACUCUAAGAAUUAAACCACAAGUGUCGUGUUAAUAGAAAAAAAGAAAGAAAAAAAAACUAAAACUGUAACUGAUGACAAAUAAGUACUGCAAUCAGUUUUGUCUCACUCUGUUCCUGUUGAUGCACUGGUGUUAAAGAGUUAAAGUAAUCAGGUACCUUUAUUACUUAGCUACUUUUUUUGAAAGAAAAUGGACUUGUUACUUUUAGCCAGCAAGCUGAAGAGCAUUACCUCAAAAUUCUUAUCUAGCCUUGAAGUUUACAGACUUACAAUGUAAAUGUUUUGUUUCUUUUCCUUGUUUUUCUUUUUUUUUUUUCCUUUUUUUUUUGGGUGUGUCUUUUCCCCCCCCAGACAUCAUGUAUUGAUGACUAGUAGCUAUGAUGCUUUUAAUAAAAGUGAAUCAUCAUAUUCGCCUAGGAAACCAAA